CCGGAAGUCUGUUGGAUUUUUCUGUCAGCUCCGCUUCUUCGCCUCGUCGUCUUCUUUUUUAUAAGAAUCUCCGUGAAGUACAGUGUGGGUGGAAAACAUUUGAUCAUCGUUUCUGUCGAAGUAACAACACAUUUAACUGACAGACCGAACUGUCAUGGCGGAUGGUAGGGAUAUUUAGGUAGAAGAAAAGUCACAACUCUGGACAGGGUCCUAAUCAGACUGCAAUCACCAUGAGGUGACGACUGUGAAAUCUUGUGUUUUUGCUGACGUGGACAUAUGGCAAGGAUCACCUUUUCCUGCCUGCCGGCCUCCUGGUACUGCAGCGUGUCGCUGCUGUCUCUGGGCUGUGCACCCAGGCAGAGACUGCUGCUGCUGUUCUUCAUUGCGUCCGCCCUCCUCCUCCUAGGAACCUACCAGAGACAGCUGUGGGGCCCACAGCGACGGCCGAGGGCCCAAGUCAACAAGUACCUCUCCAUCGCAGAGUCCAUGGAGUCCACUGACGUCCUCAACCCUGCUCUGAAUUAUGGGAUCGUGGUGGACUGUGGCAGCAGUGGUUCUCGCAUCUUUGUGUACUAUUGGCCCCCCCAUAACGGAAACACUCACACCCUGCUGGACAUCAGACAGAUGAGGGACCAUGACCGCAAACCUGUCGUCAAGAAGAUCAAACCUGGUAUCUCCACCCUGGUGAAGACACCAACGCAGGCCAGUGAAUACCUCUAUCCUCUCCUCAGCUACGCCGCUGCUCAUGUCCCAAAGAGCAAACACAAAGAGACACCACUCUACAUCCUCUGCACUGCUGGCAUGAGGCUGCUGCCAGAGAGCCUACAGGCGGACAUCUUGGAGGACCUGGUCACUGAUGUUCCCCUGGCGUUUGACUUUCUGUUUUCCCGUUCCCAUGCAGAGGUCAUCUCUGGGAAACAGGAAGGAGUGUAUGCAUGGAUUGGCAUUAAUUUUGUGUUGGGCCGCUUUGAUCAUGCUGAUGAGGAGGACGCCACAGUUGAUGUGACAACGGGGUCUCAGAACCAGCAGCCAAUCAGCAGGCGGCGCACAGUGGGCAUCAUGGAUAUGGGCGGAGCUUCACUGCAGAUCGCCUACGAGGUGCCCAGUGCCAUCACCUUCAGUUCACCACAAGAAGAGGAGGCGGGGAAGAGUGUUCUCGCAGAGUUUAAUCUGGGCUGCGAUGUUGAGCGCACACAACAUGUCUACAGAGUCUACGUCACCACGUUCCUCGGCUUCGGAGGAAACAUGGCCAGGCAGCGUUACGAGGACCAGCUGGUCAACAACACACUGUCCAAGAACAGGUUUCUAACCGCACAGACAGGCCUGAGUGAGGACAAACCGUACCUGGACCCCUGUCUGCCAGCUGGUCUGUCAGACAGAGUUGUGAGGGACAACCGCACAUUGUACCUGAGGGGUCAGGGUGACUGGACUCGGUGUCAAGAGGCCGUACGACCCUUUCUGGGUCUCCACAAUGGCACCAUGUCACCAGGGGGCGUCUACCAGGCUCCCAUCAACUUCAGCAACAGUGAGUUCUACGGCUUCUCAGAGUUUUUUUACUGCACGGAGGACGUGCUGAGGUUAGGAGGACAGUACGACAGUGAGAAGUACUCCCGAGCUGCUAUGGACUACUGCUCAACCAAGUGGCCGACACUGAAACAGCGUCUGGACAACAAGCUUUUCUCUCAGCAGGCUGACAUGAGCAGACUCAGGUAUCAGUGCUUCAAGUCAGCCUGGAUGUACGAGGUGUUGCAUUCCGGCUUCCGUUUCCCCACCGACUACGCAAGUCUGAAAACAGCCCAGCUGGUUUAUGACAAGGAGGUCCAGUGGACUCUGGGAGCCAUCCUGUUUAAAACCCGCUUCCUGCCUCUCAGGGACCUGCAGCAGGAAACGUUGCGGCAGAGCCACCCCAGCUGGCUGCGCUCCUCCUUUGUUUACAACCACCACCUGUUCUCACUUUGCAUCCUGGUGGUGGUGCUAGCCAUCCUGCUCUACAUCCUGCGCCUGCGGAGGAUCCACCAACGAGAGCAGCGGCAGGCCGAGGCCCUGAACCUCCUCUGGGCUGAAGAGGGAGAGGCCCUCCACCCCUGAGAAAUGCGUAUGUGGGACCUUCCAGACUGAUAACCUGAAGGGUCUUGCAUCCUCUGUGACAUGAUUGACUUAUUAGACUCAAACCACAAUACCAAAACUUAAAAAUGUGAGUAUGGAGGACAGAUGAGGAACCUGGAAUUUAACUCACCAUCCCAGGAUGUGACUAGGAUAUAUGGGAAGAUCCAAGAUUUUACUGCGUGGAAAAACAUCACAGUACUGAGAUGGUUCAUUGAGCCUGGAAAUCAAACUCCUCUGUUUAUUCUUUGAUCGUGCAGCUUUAAACACAGAGCCAAUUUCUCACUGAAAAAACUCUGUGUUCUCUUUCUUCUUUUUAAGACUCCUGUGGAAGAAAAAAAUCAAGUUAGGGUAACAGGACUGAAGAACUAUCAUUAGUUUGCUACCCAUUUCUCCUAAGAUCAAAAGCCAUGUUUCUGUGUAGGUGCUCAUCUUAGUUUAAUGGCAGUCUGGACCUGGAUUCAGCGGCUUGAUGAAUGUCUCAACUACUGAGUGAGAAGGAAGAGGUGGCAAUAAUCUCCAAAAGAGAACAUUUAACAUAGGAAUAUGGAUUUGUUGACCAUUCAACAUCAGAGAGGCUGUCUGAAGGCACGCAAGAAAGAAAUGACUCGUCCCAAGUGACUCUGUUAGGAAUCAUGUGUUUCUUUCCAUGAAUUAAUAUUCAUGUGGCAGAAAGUCCAUUGCAACACCUGCUAGCAGUGUGGCUCUAUUGAAGUCCAUAUUAGUCUGUCCACAGUGAAAGUCCAUCUCAACCAAUCCAAUGAGCAUGCAGUUUGGCAUCGGCAUUCAUCUUCACUAGUUAAUUAAACCUAAUGACUCUGUACCACUAAAGUUACACCUGUCCAACACUCCCAAGUUAUGACAGGAUACCUUCAAAACAAAUGUAGUUUACUUCAGCUGUACUUUAAGAUUAACAUAGCAGGCCAUGUCAUAUGGGAGGGUUGAUGGGGAUGAGAAAGAUUGAAAGACAGAGUACAGUGCACUGACAAUAUAAUGCAGCUUUCAGUUUCCCAGUCAUAGGUUUGACGUAUUGGAUGAUGAAAACAGCUGUUAAAGCUGGGGUAGACAAUUUUAUUUAAACUUUUUUGUUGAAAUUCAAUUUACAUCCGACUGCAAUCAAAAAAUCAAAUGCUCUCUGUGGUGCCUGUCAUAGGACUGUAAUAAGAAUACCUGCAUGUCUACCUCUGCGCGCUCUGAGAAGGGAGGGGGGGAUUUUUUUUUGGUUGGAUACUUUCAAAAUCUAGUUGUCUCUUGCUAGUUCCUGCAAUGUUUCCCACCCCAACUUAACUUAACAGUAUGACGUGAACAUGGCAGACCAUGCUAAUUAUUAGCAUGUUACCAUGCCAACUGCACCCAUGUUAAGAAGCUGAACAUUAACGCUCCAAUGCUAAUGUUAGCUGACAUGUUAAUGUAGCUUGACGAGAAAGGACCUUUAUUAAGUAUGUUAACAUGCCAGUUUAAUGUUAAAAAAAAACAAUUUAGCUUAAAGUACAGCUGAGUCUAGCUGACACUGAGGAAAGCUGAGCCAAGUCUGAAAUGUCCCAAAAUGGCCACACUGCAGGUGUUCAGAUAAAAACUUAAUUCUUCAUGUGGUGACACCCUGAGGCCAAACCUCACAUUUUUUGCCACUAGUGGUAAGUAUAAGAAAAAAAGUGUUCCCUCUAUGUUUCUUCCAUUUAACAACGUUGGCUUAAGGCUUUUUAGUUUCCUAGUUAGACAAGUGUGUCCUUCACGUCAAUAUAUAAGCUACAUGUGACCUUUGAGUAUCGUCAUCUGGUUAUAGGUAACAGAUUUGAACAUGACAUUCCCUCUUGCAAACAGAGACGGUAAAGAUUAAGAGCUGUCACUUAGCUGGCAACUGAUUUUUAUUUCACCUUGACUCUUAGUGAUGAGUCACCUCCUCAAAUUCCUUUUCUUUUACCAUAAUCUCAACUAGCAGCUGAAAUGCUUACUCUGCAAAUUUGAUUCAGCAUUUCACUUAAAUGAAUUAUAGCAGUAAUAUCAUAGCGGCAGUACUUUUCAGCCAUCCAGAAUAGUGUUUCAUCUGCACCUCUGUCCGUCCCGAUGGGAAGAUUUCCUCGAAAGCAAUCCUGCAGACCUAUGAUGUCAGCCGCAGAGCUCUGGCCUCACAUUGUGCUUUGAUACUUGAAUGCCACUGUUGUCCUGCCAAGACCCGUCCAGCACAUUUUCUUUCUUUUUUUUUUUUUUAUCAGAGUAAAGACCGAGCCAGGAGGCAUUUUAGCUGAAAUAAGUGGAGAGAUCUACUCCGUUUUUGGACGAAGGCGCUGAAACCAGACGAAGCCCCCGGAGGCCUGAUUUAAGCAGAUGGCGUCUGAUUUCUGAAUCCAAUAACUCCAUGAAAGGCAAGAAACUAGUCUCAUGCCAUUGGCCAAAAUGGAUGCUGGGACAUGGCAAAAAUGUGUUAAAUAUCUAAAAUGGUUUCACUUUAAAGCCAUUUUUGAGGGAAAAAGCCUUACUCUGAGAAAGGUGGUUCUAUUUUAUUCAGUUUUUACGUCUGCUGUAUUUCAUAGCUGUAUAAUGAAACCACUGUUUUGUUGUUAUUAUGUCAUGUGCAGACACACUGACAGAGUUUUGUAGCAAACCGUGACGAUGCAAAUGUGUGUCUGAGUAGCCCCACUUCCUGCGAAGUAAAACAGUGCAUUGAUCCCACAGUGGGAGAUAUUGUAUGUCCAAAUGUCGGAUUUUGUCAUUUAAUUUACUGAUUCAUUUUACUGAUUUCUGUCAGUUGUGGGGCAUGAUUCAUCAAACUAAAUGAUGACUCCCUUAUUUUGAAAGAAAAAGCUGUUUGUAACUGCUUACAUGUCUUGAGAGGGAAAUGUUUGGAAACUUUCCAUGACCUAAAAAUGUGAUUUAGCUUUUGUUAAAAUGUUCUGUACAACUCGUUCUCCUCCCAUUCCUGUUCGUCCUGACACAGAUGAGUCCAGACACAUCCUUGUCAAACUGUCAGUGUGUGUUUGUGACUUUUGUCUGCUCAUCUGUACCUUUUUUUUUUUUUUAAAAAUAGUUCUGAAUCCUGAACCAGUAACAGGAGUUUAUUGAAAUCUGAAUGCUUAUUUCUGAUGCCCUCAUAUACUUUACACUGUCGGGUGACUGUGGACCUCCUCCUCAUUCACCCUGAUGUGGUUUCUAGGAUUUCUGCUGCUCCAUUGAUGUUCUGACUCCUGACAAGGGACCAAUGGUUGGGUGUGUCUUUUCAGAGCUGGGUAUUGUGCAAUGUUGAACUAAUUCACUGAAAGGGACACUUGACUUUGAUGUUUUUAAUCUAAGUACAUUUAACAUCAUUGUGAAUAGAAACAUUUCCCAUCCAAUAAAGCAUCCAUUUGUAAUAUCA